AGCUGGAGAGAAAGAGGAGGCUUAUGAUGCAUAUCAAGAGCCUGCCACACGCACAUCAGGCCGCUGCGGCAAUGAGCAAUUGCGACAUUGUGAUUGUUGCCGCGCAACCGCAGACCACGAGCGCCAACAACAACAACAAUGACACUGUUACACAGGCCAGCCAUGUCAGCCAUGUGGCAGCUGUGCAACAACAACAGCAGCAGCAGCAACAACAACAACAGCAGCAGCAACAACAACAACAGCAGCAGCAACAACACAAUCAACAGCAACAACAGCCGCCCGCGCCCACAGAUGUAUCCCUUCCCUUCAUGCAUUUGAGCGGAAUUUCAGCGGAGGCUCACAGUGCCGCUCAAGCGGCCGCAAUGGCAGCUGCGCAGGCCGCGGCAGCGCAAGCCGCCGCUGCGGAUCAACAGCAGCCAACAGCACAACCUGCACCACCAACGUCGCACACGCUGGCCCAUCUCGUGGCCAAUGCUACGCACAGUCCCACGCUUGGUGAGACGCACUACGUCACCAACGGCCACUCAAACAAUGAGCAUUCGGGCGAGGGCAACGGAUCGAGCGGCAGCGGUGGCGGCCGGGAACCAGAAAAGCCGUUCCAUUGCACGGUGUGCGAUAGACGAUUUCGCCAGCUGAGCACACUGACCAACCACGUAAAGAUCCAUACGGGCGAGAAGCCCUACAAAUGCAAUGUGUGUGAUAAGACGUUCCGUCAAUCGUCGACACUGACGAAUCAUUUGAAAAUUCAUACCGGCGAAAAACCGUACAACUGCAACUACUGUCCCAAGCAUUUCCGUCAGCUGAGCACAUUGGCCAAUCAUGUCAAGAUUCAUACGGGUGAAAAGCCGUUCGAAUGCGUGAUAUGCAAGAAACAAUUCCGGCAAUCGAGCACGCUCAACAAUCACAUAAAGAUCCAUGUCAUGGACAAGGUCUACGUUCCUGUCAAGAUCAAAACGGAGGAGGACGAGGGGUGACUAGGACGCAUGGCGUUGGCGCAACAUCAUCAUCUCCAGCAGCAGCAGCAGCAACAACAGCAACAGCAGCAGCAACAACAUCAACAGUCGUCAACGCCAUCCCAACAACAGCAACAACAACAACACCACCUCGAACAUCAGCGUGGAGUUACCAUUACGACGCUCCCGUCUACUACGACAGUGGCGCAACAUCAGCAACAACAACAACAGCAACAGCAGCAACAAUCGCAUCUACAGCCCUCGCAUGGCAAUGGCAGCUCGCCGCAUCAUCAUUUCAAUGUAGCCGCCUUGGGUGAUUUAUCCGGGGCGAUGCAACUGGGCGCCGUAACGGCCGAUGGUAAUUUUGUGACCAUGGGCGGCGUUGUAGUUGGUCGCAUUCAGCAUCCGCGCAGCGAGGAGCUGCAUCAUCUGGGCGUCAUCAAAGUGGAAUCGCCAACAAAUGGCAUUGUCAAUGUGGCAGCGGCUGCCCAACGUGACGGAUGAGUCGAUAGGCUGCUCCUCGAGCCAAUGCUCAAGGAGCUCGUUGAGCUGAAUGAUAUUGCGUAUGUGGAACUGGAGCACGAUCAGCCGCAACAGCAACAGCAGCAACGACGACGACGGCGACGUCGCCACGAAACAUAGACUGUCAACUGGCUAUUGUUGUCGUUGUUGUCGCUGUUGUCGUUGUUGUUGCUUUCGGUGUAUACGCUUACGUUGUUGUUAGUUGUUUAAUUGUAGCGAAACCUUGUUGUUGUUAAGAUUUAAUCGUAACUGAGAACUUACCGAGAUGAAUUAUCAGGCUCAACGCUGGCUAGCACUCAUCGAUUUCUAGCUCUUGAGUCUUAGCGGAAAAGUAUGUGUUAUAUAAGCGUAUUAGAAAACUGAGAUGUUAGCUGCAGCUAAGCCUGAAUAUGUAUAGCAAAACGCUUCAAUAGUAGCUAAAAGAGAGGAUAUCGUAACCAACAGCAGCUAGCGCUCCAUGGCCUAAAAAGCAAAACGAAUGAUCAGAAAUAGAAAGCACUCAACUUACACACACAUACACACACGCAUUCACAAUCACUUAACGAGGCAAUAGGUUUACAACAAGCUCCCUCUCAACCUUCUAACUAUACAUAUACACACACAUAUACAUUUAAUAGCUAACUAACUGUAACUGGUAGCGCAAAACUCCUAAACAAAAAACAAAAAAUAGAAAGAAAGAAAGAAUGAAGUUCAUUGAUAAGCAAAAAGUCAUUUCGUUUAAGUUGAAAGUU